AUGGACAUCGCGCAAGCCCAACGAGAGCACCUGCAGAAAUGGCGUAUGGGUUCCGAAGCAUCUGGCAUCUGGUUGCGGUCUCGAAAUGAAGCCGCGUUCGUACUCAUUGGUACCUUGAACAUUGCUGCUUUCCUCAAACUCGAAUUAAUCAAGGCCAAGGCCACCAAGCAAGCAAUCGAUGGCUGGGCACGUUGGUCGAGCCGUACCAUCAGUGGGAGAUGGACUUCAGGAGCUCUAGAGUGGCUUGGUGCAAAGGCUACGUUCGUAGCGAUCAGCGGCCAUGUCAGAGGUUCAGUGGCAGUGCAUGAGUGGAUCGAUAAACUGUGGUUGUCACCCAGAUCUCCUCUGUACACAUGGAUUACCAGCGGCUUCAUGCAUAUCGAGCUUAGCCAUCUCGUGUCGAACUUGAUCGGUCUAUCGUCAGUCGCUCCAAUCUGCUCACGGAUUCAUGGCAUGACGCCAUCACGAGUCUUCCUAAUCACUGUCGGAUCCAGCAUCUGUGCCAGUGCGGCUUUGAUCACAGAGUGGAGGAUACGUUUGGUUCCAGGGCUGCGUGAGCACCUCACACAUGCCAUUGGCGCGAGUGGGAUUGUCUGUGCAUUCAUGGCUGUGGCUGCCGCGGGAGCUCCUAGAAGCUCAUUCUCCGUAAACGGCAUCAACGUACCAUACUGGGUUGUGGCCGUCUUACCAUUCGGUGGGGACCUUGCUGGACUUCUGAGACUGGAUGAGUUGAUGACUGGAAAGCAGAAGAGCUGGCUGGGGGCAGUUCGUCGGCCUCUGAUUGGGUAUGCUGCACAUCUAGGUGGCGCUAUUUUCGGCAUCAUCUACUACUACGCUGUACUGCAACAACACGCGGCAGAGGCCACUGAGUCAACAGCAGGGCAAGUGGAGACGUGUGGAAAUGAGUUUGAACCAGCUAUGGUCGACGAGCAAGGAGGAUCAAGCAGCGAAUGGGAGCCUCACGCCCAGCAACACCAACCCGAUGAUGGUAUGGCUGUGCCAGCAGAAGACACGACAUGA